AGAGCAGAUGUGCAUAGUGCAUCACACUAAGGGAAUCCUGUGGUCCUGUGGCUGGGCACUAAUAGGACACUAGAGGCAUGUCUACAGGAUCUGUGAGUGACACUGAGGAUCUACUGGAGCUAAGGGUGCGACAACUACCAUAUCCCAAAGCCAAGCGAGCAGGGACUAGUGAGCUGCUAAUGCUGGACCACUCGGCAGAGAACUCAGAGGAUGAAGGAAUCACUGAGAAUUCUAGUGGGAAAAGGAAGAGAAUAUCCAGGGACUCCCAGAGUCCAGACAAGAAGCAUUCUUCCCGCUCCUCCAAAGACUGCAAGCACUCCCAAAGGCACGCAGCCAAUGCCAGGGAGAGAGCCCGUAUGCGGGUGCUAAGCAAGGCCUUCUCAAGGCUAAAGACCAGCCUGCCCUGGGUGCCCCCUGACACCAAACUCUCCAAGCUGGACACACUCAGACUUGCCUCCAGCUACAUUUCACAUCUCCGGCAACUGCUGCAGGAGGACAGAUAUGAGAAUAGCUUUGUGCAUCCAGUCAACCUGACUUGGCCAUUUGUGGCUUCAGGAAGACCAGACUGUGAUUCAAAAGAAGGUACAUCGGCCCUUAGAUUGUGUGGGGCCACUGCCUAGGCCCUAGAACAUCACCUCUCUACCUGCCGGGGGAACAACAUCUUUUCAUACAAAGACACUGAAAAAUGCAGAACAAGCUGCAAGAGUUAAAAACCUGCUACUGAUGGAGAAACCCAGAAAGGACACAUUAAAGACCAAAAAGUUAUGUGGCAGCUCUUUCUUUCCAUUAUAAAACUAAAAAAAGUGCACUUAAAAAUAGAAGAAAAAUGGAAAUGUAUUUGUCUGCUGAUUGGAUGGUGAACGUUUGCAUAAGAAUCCAUGACAAGAAAAUGACAUAAAAAGAAGCAAAAACUGUUUCC